CUCUUCAAACAAAGCAUCCACCUUCCAUAAUUCCAUUGGUAGCAGGCCCUUCCAUAAGCCCCCUGCGCACUUCAAGACCAUCGAAAUCCCCCCCUCGUUCCCUCCGGUGGCAGACUCCAGUACAAAAAGAGAGGCAAAGGAUAAGCCCACCAUUAAAAAAAAACAAAAAAUAAUAGCUGGAGAUGGAGACCGAGGACUACUCUGCAGCGGAGAAGCAGAGUCCUCCUACAUCUCAUGGAUCCCCUCCUCGCGAAGUCGAGGAGUGACAAGAAGAGAAGGUUCAGCGAGAGCAGUAAAGUCCCUCGAAUCCAUUUCGAGUCCCAGCGAAGUGGAGCCCGGGAAGAAGCUGCAGCUGGCCAAGGGAACUCGGCCUCCAGCCUCGCCAGUUGCCAUAUGGUUCCAGAACAAGCGAGCCCGGUGGAAGUCGAGCAGCUCGAAGAGGAGUAUGAAGCCCUCAAAGCAAACUAUGACACCUUGCUCUCCAGCGUGAGUCCUCAAGAAAGAGAAGCAAAUUCUCGUGAAGCAGUCGCAAAAGCUCACUGAAUUGCUGAAGAAUCCAUCAGAAGAGAGCAAUGGCAAGCGCGAAGAGGAUGCGAGGCCCUGCUUGUUAGUGUAUUCAGGUGAUGAAGAGAAGAACCUAGGCUUUUUCAAUCGGGAAGAAGCAGAAUACUUAUACAUGGGAGAACCUGAGAGUAGCUACCUGACAUCAAUUGAGCAACCGUGCGAUUUGAACUGCAGUAGUUCUCCGGAGCAGCGCUGCACCACUCCUCCUGAGUGGUGGGAGUCUUGGCCCUUGACAGAAUAGAACCCUGUCGUCGCCGGAACAUGGGAACCAUAGUAGAGCUGAUGGAGUGAGCCUGCUGUUUGGAGUCAGAUUAGAGUUCCAGAUGCUCAUGUAAAAUAGCUUAUGAUUCAGGGAGUGCAUGAAAUUUCUGAUGCUAUGUCGUCAUCCCAAUGUAAUCAGAAUGAAUAAACUUAGAAUCGACAGAGAGUAAUGUGUCUACUGUUUCCCAAA